AACACACUAGUAGCUGUCUAACAGAUUCAGUUUCUCAUUCAUCCAUUCGUUUAUAUAUUUAUCUUCAAUAUACAUAAGCUAGUUAAGUUUAGAAGACGAAAAUGUACCAGAAGUCCCCCAUUUCGAUAAUGUUUCUGACCUUGCUUGCCUUGGCUACCACCUUAUUACCCAGCUUGGUGCAAAGCCAGACCACCCGUGUCGGAUUCUAUUCCAGUUCAUGUCCUAAGGCAGAGUCCAUUGUCACACAAACAGUUCAAAAGCAUUUUACAUCCGCUCCUUCCAUUGCUCCUGGAUUACUGAGGAUGCACUUUCAUGACUGCUUUGUCCAAGGUUGUGAUGCUUCUGUCCUCCUCGACGGUGCCAACACUGAAAAAACCGCUGGUCCAAACCGUGGAUUGAGAGGUUGGGAAGUUAUUGACGAUGCAAAGACUCAGCUUGAAGCUGCAUGCCCUGGUGUUGUUUCAUGUGCAGACAUUCUCGCCCUAGCUGCUCGCGAUUCUGUCGUCUUGACCAAGGGAAUUAAUUGGAAGGUGCCUACCGGAAGGUUAGACGGACGAGUAUCAUUGGCAUCCGAGACUAACAAUCUGCCUGGCUUUAGGGACUCCAUUGAAGUACAAAAGACGAAGUUCCAAGCAUUUGGACUCAACACUCAAGAUCUUGUCACUCUUGUUGGUGGACAUACUAUUGGCACUUCAGCUUGCCAGUUCUUCAGGUACAGACUAUUUAACUUCACAACGACCGGAAAUGGCGCAGACCCUACCAUCAAUCCUUCAUUCGUUCCUCAACUACGAGCACUUUGCCCACAAGAUGGUGAUGCAGCCAAGCGUGUCGAUUUGGACACAGGCAGCGCAGCUCAAUUUGAUGCAACGUUCUUUACAAAUUUGAGGAAUGGUCGAGGAAUACUCGAGUCUGAUCAAAAGUUAUGGACUGAUGCCUCCACAAAAAGCUUUGUCCAACGUUUCUUGGGUGUGAGAGGCUUGCAGGCAUUGAACUUCAAUGUAGAGUUCGGAAGGUCCAUGGUGAAGAUGAGUACAAUCGGCCUAAAAUCUGCAGAUAAAGGAGAAAUUCGCCGAAUAUGUUCUGCAAUUAACUAACUGAUCGAUGAAGAUCAGGAACACCUUAAAGGAAGUCGGACGAUAACUUAGUCAUCUGUAUUUGUUGGCACAAUUAGCCUCUUUUCCUUCUUUUUCUCAAUUCUAUUUUUUUUGAAGAACAAAAUAAUCUUCAGCUCAUCCAUUGUAUAAGGUAAUGAAUGAAGUAUCGACCUUCUAAUUAGAAAGUCAGUUUCUACUGUUUGAUUUUUGA